AUGUGGAAACGUUGGUUUCUAUUUAUUCUCUUUCCGGUGUUAGCAGCUAAGGAUACAUCAGAAAACAUGGAUUCAAAGGCUAUUUCUUCUGCUAUCGCCGCAUUUUCGGCCAAAUUUUGUAAUGAAUUGGAAAAAGACAAGAGUGUGGUAUCUUCACCACUAUCAGCGGAAUUUGUAUUGGGCCUGUUGACUUUGGGUACAACUGAUCCAGCACAUUCUGAACUUAUUACGGCGCUCGGCGUUGCUGAUGAUGAUUCUAUUCGCUCAACAUUUUCUUCGGUGUCAUCCAAACUGAAGGCAAUCAAGGGUGUAACAUUAAACGUUGCUAAUAAGGUGUAUAUUCAAGAUGGCGACUAUGAACUUCAACCACAAAUUAAAGAUGAUGCUGUCAAAGUAUUUGAUGCUGCCAUGGAAAAACUUAACUUCGGAGAUAACGUAUCUGCUGUGAAAACGAUAAAUGGAUGGGUUGAAAGCAAAACCAACCAAAAGAUCAAGGACUUGUUGCCUGAAGACAGUGUCGACAGCUCUACUCGCCUAGUUCUUGUCAAUGCUCUCUACUUCAAGGGAACAUGGAAAGACAAAUUCGAUCCCAUUGCUACAAGAGAACAACCAUUCCACAUAAAUGCUAAUACGACAGUUGAAAUUCCUAUGAUGUAUAAUGAGGCUGAUUACGGUUUCGGAUUCAGUGAAACUCUUCAAGCACAGCUCUUGGAAAUACCGUAUGUUGGCGAAGAGGCCAGCAUGAUCGUAGUAUUACCUCAGGAAAUCGAAGGACUCAAUGACGUGAUAGCGAAACUGGCGGCUGGGCACGAUCUGUUGGCGGACAUUGAGAAUAUGUACAAAACUAAAGUACAAGUUACUCUUCCUAAGUUCAAGAUUGAAACUACCAUUGAUUUGAAAGAGCUUUUACCAAAACUUGGCAUCAACGCCAUUUUUCAUAAGGAAAAUUCAGGUCUUACUAAGUUAUUGAAUACUGAUGAGCUGUUGUACGUGUCCAAGGCGGUGCAAAAAGCAUUUAUUGAGGUUAAUGAAGAAGGAGCCGAAGCUGCAGCAGCCACCGCCAUGGGCGUCGCGUGCUAUAGUGCCAUGAUAGACUUUGAACCGGUCCCGGUCUUCUUGGCUGACCGGCCUUUCCUUGCUGCAAUCUUCUCUGAAGGAGCGCCAUACUUCAUUUCGACCUUCCGCGGCGAACAAGAAUAA